GGAAAGAGGGAAGGAAUGACUGAUUAGUGAUUAUGAUUGUCUAGGAAAUAGGAAUGGUUUUAAAAGAGGAAUUUUUGAUAUUAUAUACUUGUGUUGUUAUACUGGGUCAAAUGUGUUGUGUUCAGAAUGUUUCCCCGCGAAAAUAUAGUUUAAUGUGUUAAUCAAUCUGUACUGUCCUAAAAAUAAAAGAGAACUGAAAAGAUUCAUUACUAUACACCAAUAAAUCUAACCUAGUAUAUAAUGGAUCUAGUGAUAGGCUAGGCUUGGAUUAAAGACAAGUGUUGUAAGUCUGAUGAUCCGCAAAAGCAAUUCAAAAUGCCACAAAAAAUCUCGGACUACUGAUGAGAAAGUGACUUCUUCGUCUACUACAGAAUCUGUUCAUGAAAGAAAUUUAUACAUUGUUUCUUUUCCUUUAAUUUUUGUUUUCAAUAUCCUGAGGUCUGUUUUGUACCUCUUUUAUGUGAUAUUCCGUUAUAUAUGGAAAUCUACAUCUAAGCUGUUUAUUUUAAGAUCUGUAAACUUGCACACAAGAUAUAGCAGAACUAGUAGUGAAGUGCAACCUACAAGUAUUGUUGAAAUUCCAGCUGAACAUUUGUGUGAAGAAUAUACUGACCAGAUGUCAUAUCAUAAGACAAGACAUACAAAUUCUGCAGGAUCUGUAGAUCCCUUACUGGCCAAGCAAAAAGAUCAUCAUAGAAAAGCUUUUGAAUUUAUUUCUAAAGCACUAAAAAUAGAUGAGGAAAAUGAAGGUCACAAGGAACUGGCUAUUGAACUCUACAAGAAGGGCAUCACAGAGUUGGAGAAAGGUAUUGCCAUUGAUUGUCGUAAUGGAAAAGGUGAAGUUUGGGAAAGAGCUCAGAGACUACAUGAAAAAAUGAAACAAAACUUAGUCAUGGCAAAGGACAGGCUAAACUUUUUAGCUUCGGGGCGCAAAUUCACUGUGGGAAGUCCGCGGCCAACUAAUGUGCUUACCAAGAGCAAGACUCUGCCAAGAUCGAUGGGGUCAAAGACAAGUCCUGCUAGUCCACAGCCCACUAAACAUGCCCAUACACCUCCAGCCAUUAAACGCCAGUUGUCUAUGGGACCAAGCAGUUCACCAGUCCACAAGCCAAUGACAGCCAAGCUGCGGGCCUCGGCUAGCAAAUCUACAGCUCUCAAAGGUGUUGACCCAAAGUUGGCCCAGAUAGUCCUGGACGAGGUGCUGGAAGGCAGUUCUCCAGUACAAUGGGAGGACAUCGCUGGUCAGGAGGUUGCCAAGCAGGCUUUGCAAGAGAUGGCUAUCCUGCCAUCGCUGAGACCUGAGCUGUUCACAGGCUUGCGUACACCAGCACGAGGACUUCUGCUGUUCGGCCCACCUGGGAAUGGCAAGACCCUGCUGGCACGUGCUGUUGCUACAGCCUGUAAUGCCACUUUCUUCAGCAUCAGUGCUGCCUCGCUCACCUCUAAGUAUGUGGGGGAGGGAGAGAAACUGGUUCGUGCGUUGUUUGCAGUCGCCAGGGAGCUGCAACCUUCGAUAAUCUUUGUGGAUGAGGUGGACUCUGUUUUAUCAGAGCGAAGGGAAGGUGAACACGAAGCUUCUCGUAGACUAAAGACAGAGUUUCUAGUAGAAUUUGAUGGCCUCCCAUCCAAUCCUGAUGAGAGAGUGCUAGUCAUGGCUGCCACCAACAGGCCUUAUGAUCUGGAUGAGGCUGUUUUGAGGAGAUUUACAAAGCGAAUCUAUGUGGCAUUGCCGGAUGCUGAGACCAGAGUUAAGCUGCUGCAACGACUUCUGAGCCGCCAUGACAGUCCGUUGAGUAUGGGUGAGUUGCGGUCACUUGCUGCACUCACCGAUGGUUACUCGGGCAGUGACCUCACGGGACUAGCUAAGGAUGCAGCCCUAGGACCGAUACGAGAACUUAAUACUGAGCAAGUACGAAGCCUUGAUCCUUUACGAGUGAGAAAUAUCACCUUCCAAGAUUUCUUGGAGGCGCUGAAGCGUAUCAGACGCAGUGUGAGCCCUCAGAGCCUGCUCACCUACGAGAAGUGGAACAGGGAGUAUGGGGACGUCAGCAUGUAAGGAAUUUAUAUCAAGUUUUCCCCAACGUACCUGCAAUGUCAUCAAAUGGCUUCAGAACUAAUGCUAAAUUAUAUUGUGAAGCUUUUAGAAAGUUUUAAAUUUGCUCUUUCUUUAAUAAGACUAGAUGUCUUUAACUUUUAAUAGCGUGAACUGCGUUUGUAAACUGUGAAACAUAAUUAAUUGAUUUUUUAAUUGUUUUUGUUUACUUUGUAGUUUUUAAUCUUUUAAACUGAAUGUCUUGCUGUAGAACAGUGAUUGGAUUUGUUGAUUUCAACUGUGUUUUAGUUAUUAUAAUAGUUAUCGGUUUUGUUUUAUUGUGUAAGUGAAAUUGUGUGAUAUAAAAACCGCAGGGGCCAAUCUUAACAAAAUGAUUGCAUUCAUGUUAUUUUAAUUCAAUAAACAAUUUUCUAAACUGUAAUGAA